ACCGACAUAAUGUAGAUAAAGGGAAAAUAACGGACAGACGUAGAACAGUGUCCAAACUGACGACGCCAACCAACACACACGGAUAAUGUAUGUGGCGGUUCUCUCUCUGUUUAUUUUGCUCUGUGGAUCUCUCUCUGGACUUAUUUUGCCUAUAACAAAGCCGGACGGUAGCACAGAUCUAACCAGCCUUUUAAGCCACGUCACCCUUCUCGAGCAGACUGUGACCGGCCUUCAGACAACAACCGGACAGUUACAGUCAGAUAUAAAAGUCAACAAGGCACUGGCAGCUGCUCAGAUUUCUUCUCUGACAAAUGAAGUGACGGCCUUGAAGACAGAACUGCGGGCAUCGUCCAAUGACCUCGCUGUGUUGAAAGCACAAAUGAAUGACGUGAAAACUGGAAACAGUAAUACUAAUAGUCAGGUGAAUUCACUCAGCCUCGAUGUCAAGUUGAACACAGCACAAGUAAAUACAGUGCAGUCGAAAAUGAAGACGUUAGACGAACAACUUGGUCUAGUAAAGGGAGAGGCAGAAAGAUUAACUCAGAAUACAUCGUAUGUGGUCCAACUUAUCACACAUAAACAGGAUCAGCAUUACGUGGAACUCCAGUCGACAAAGGCGCUAGCACAAAGUGCAUCAAAAGAAGUGGGGAGGUUGGGGAUAGACAUGAACUCAACUUCUGCAGGCCUGCAUUUGAUGCAGAAUAACUUAAGUUUAACGAGUGCUGAGGUCACCACGUUGAGAAGUGACCUGUCCGUUGUACAGAAACAAGCCCUGGACAACAAGCAGUCCCUGACACAAGUCUCACAAGACAUACAGUUGGUGUCGGCAGAUGUGAACCAGACAAAGAAUAGUUUCAAUCUGACGACUUUGAAAGCUGCGUUGUCCCUUGCAUCAAAGACCAGAAACGUGGCAUUCCACGUUUCGGGCCCAUCAAACACAACACCUGCUUUCUCUACCGUGACAUUCAGUACACUCCUCUACAACGCUGGCUCUGCCUAUAACACCACCACAGGGACAUUCAUAGCUCCGGUCUCUGGUACCUACAUGUUCUGGACAAAGCUGGAAGUAGUCGAGUCAAACACCAACAUGAACGUCUACAUCAUGAAGUCGGGGAGAGUGUACAUGGCAGGCGGGUACAUGAAAACAGACUCGGAUAUUUACAUCGCUGAUGCUUCCGCUGUAGCCGUCAACCAUCUCAACAAGGGGGAGGAGGCUUGGGUUGAGAUAUCAUCAUCACACACCUUCUAUAGUGGCAAUUUUGCCUCAUACUUUGGUGGGGUCAUGUUGUCAGUUGACUGAUAAGCUUCACUAAUCUUGAAAACACUUCAAACGGUUGAAUGUAGCAAUGUGUUCUUACAUCAAAUUAUAAUGUUAAACGAUAAUAGGUAUAUGCAGUAUCUUUGGGAUAUGUACGUGCAGACGUUUCGUGACAUUAUACAGUUAUACAACACACAGGACCUCGUGAACACCCGGGGGAGUACAGGAACCCAUGCUUGUAGUAAGAGGCGACUAAUGGGAUCGGGUGGUCAGGCUGGUUAAUCUGGUUGAUACAUGACAUCCUUUUCUACUGGCGUAGAUCGGUGCUCCUGAUGACAAUAACUGGAUUGUCUGGUCGAAACUCGAUAAUUUACAGGCAGCCGUAAUGUAGCUGCAAUAUUGCUGACCGACGCUGAACCAACCAAUCGACCAACCAACCAUACAAUAUACUGUAAAGAACAGGGCAAAACGUUUAGGUCAAUUCGGCCUGUAUAUAAAAACAGACUGAACCAGAUGCACAAGGACGUUAUGUUAUUUAGACUGUUGGUGAAUGGGUGAAACAUGGAAAUGUGAAUAACCCUGGCAACUACCGGAGUAUUUCUCUAACUUGUAUUUUAGGUAAGGUAUUUACCAGUAGUAUCAAUAACAGACUGAUUCAAUGGUCGAACAUGCGGGACCUGAUACCCGACGUGCAGGCUGGAUUCAGGAAAGGCUAUUCUACAUUUGACCAUAUUUUUACUCUGCAUUCAGUAAUUGAAAAAUACCUCACAUACCAUAAACGUAAAUUAUAUGUUGCCUUUGUGGACUUAAAAAAGGCAUUCGAUUCUGUGGAUAAACGUCGAUGAUGAAAAUGUUUACAGAAGCUCAUCUUCGAUGGCAAAAUGUAUAUAAUACUUAAAUCAAUUUAUCAAAAUGUUAAAUCAUGUGUUCGGUGUGAUGAUGCUGUGAUUGACUUUUUCGACUGUCCAAUCGGUCUGCGUCAAGGAUGUGUAUUGAGCCCUAUGCUGUUUUCAUUUUUCAUCAAUGAACUAUACAAUGAAAUUUCACUUUCUGGAAAACAUUGAGUCCAACUAUUUUCUAAAGAAUUUUUGUAUGUUGCUGUUUGUGGAUGAUAUAACUCUUAUGUCAAGAAUCCAGCAAAUGGUUUAUGGUGCACGUAGGAGGUUCCAACUAUAUAUAACAUCUUACACUUGAUGCCUACGCUAUUGGCUGAAGUUAUUAUGUAUGCCUGAACAUCGUUGGCCAAAGAAAGCUGAUAAUAUGCUGGCAUAUCUUGAUAAUAUUGGAAA